AUGCCUCCCAGGAAAUCAGACAGGGUUAGAGCAAUCGAAGAGAAGCUCGGCAAACCCAGUUACUCAGACACUGUCCGACGCGCCAGCUCAGUCGGAUGCGCUACGACCAGACCACAUGGAAGAAGAUCCAGCAUCAGAUCAGCAACCACCGACCAUGUCGGAGGACCACGAAAGGUUACUGAUGACACUCCACGAGAACAAUUUCAUGAAGUGGAAAAACGCACAGGAAUCAAACCCGAACAACACAAGAACCAUCAUGACUUAUCUCUCCUUGUGGAAGAACAGUCAUCACUCGUUGAAGAUAAUCCUAGGAGAAGAGGAAGUACUGAAGAGGAGCCUGGGUUGGGAUCCUUACUUGGAAGAAAAGAAGCUGCUAGCCAGGACAAGCAGUGGAUUCAUCGGCAAGAACCCAAUACUGCAGCGACCCAGCCAACUACCAGAGCCAGUACAGUCGACCUCUUCAGCGGGACCGACGCGCAACAGCAACCUGAAGCAACAAAGGGAACCGUACAAGAAACCGGACCAUGUGGAAGAGGAGUCGAGGAACGUUCAGUCCAUGCUGUCCUUCAGUCGAGCGUACUACAGAGCAAUCAAAGGUAUCAACAAAACGAACAAAAACAAGAAAAACGGCAAAUCACCGUUCAAAACGGACCAGCACCACCAAGAGGAGCCUCCUCAGAUGUAAACCAGUUUUUUACGUCAACACCAAGCCCCUUCUUGACUUCCCGAAGAAUUUUACAUCAAAACGAUGCAGUUCCCAUCCCAAAUCCUGUUAUGCUCCCUAUGCCAGCGAAAGUACCAGCGGUGGCACGAGUAGAACCAAUCUAUGUUGUCCAACAAGUAGAACCAGCUAAAGCUACUUCCACUCUCUUAAGUAACCCUAGCGCUAAAAAAGAUAAAACCCAUGUUGUAUCAGAACCUGUUAUCUCCACUCCUUUAGUUAAUGGUAAUAACAUACAUCAUGACCAAAAAACUGAGCCACCUAUA